AUGGGACAUUUUAAAUGCGGCUGGCAGAAGCCAAACCUGGUGUUCGUACUGGGGCAAGUACUGUUCUUUUUGCUGCCCACUGUGUUCACAGACAGAGGUUCUUCAGCGGCAAGCGCAAGGUCUUCAGUGCUGGCAAACUGUAGUCAACGUGUAACCUUAGAAUAUGGUAGUACAAGGCCCUCUGCAUUUUUGCUUUGGGCGCAACAUAGCCCAUGCCUAGGUACAGUAGGGUUAUUGGCUGCAUCGCACCAGCGCGAGCAGGAAGAGCACUGGAAAUUUUAUGGUGGGCCUUGUGCUACAAGAAGAUGCCCCAGGCGCGGCAGCAGCGGCCGAUCAGGGGAGACUCGACUAUGGGCUCGGAAGUUCUUGAAUCUACGAGACCCUGAGGAACCCCGGCCAGAGUUGCAGGACUUGCGCUGGAAGGACUCAGAGCCCAAGGUGGAGAUUUUGGCCCUGAAGGUUGGGAUGACAAGUGUUUUUGCAUCAGAUGGAACCACAGAGCCUGCCACUUUAUUGCAAGUACUUCCAGCUACAAUUGUCCAGUUUCUUGAGCACGGAAAAGCGCUAGUGGCAUACGAUGAUCCCCUUCACAGUCACCGCUUCCUGCGGCGAUCCGUUCUCGGGGUUCUUCAACGUGUGGGAAGCAGCGGAAGCGGCACGAGUACUGCCGGAAGCAGCAGUAGAAACAGCAUCAGCAACAGCAGUCUAGCCGCGAUAUCUGCACAGCCAGCUGCGGAUUACGUCUUGGGGCAGAUUUUGGAUGUGUCAGCUCUUGUGGGAGCUGCGCGGGUCAAUGUAAAAGGGAGGCCGAAGAAGAAGGGGUUUGAAGGGGUAAUGCAACGACACGGCUUUAAGGGGGGACCUGCUACACACGGCUCGAAGCAUCAUAGAGGUCCUGGUUCUAUAGGAGCUGGAACAGACCCCGGGCGUGUACUGCCGGGCUCUCGAAUGGCGGGAAGAGAUCCAAAGAAGACAAGCACAGUGAGAGAUUUACUGCUCUUGGGUAUAAACAUUAAGAAUAAUUCGCUCCUGGUGAGAGGUGCGGUGCCCGGUCACUCUGGAAAGACAGUUCUUCGGAUUCAGUGGAACAGGGCGCGGGAGCAACAGCUAGAGCUGCGGCGACGCUUAGAUGAGGCUGUAGCAGAGGAGUUCCUACAGCAUAAGAAGGGCCGCCCCAUAUGA